AUGGAGUCGACUACCUCUCCCCGCAGCUCCUCCGACGAUCUCGACGGUCGCAACGGCAGUGUCUCGCCCCAAAACCCUCACCCGGCUGGUCUUCCAGACGAUUUACCAAAAUCAUUGGAUGACCGUCGUUCGGUGCCUAUGAUCCCUCAAGAGACAGAGAUGUACGAUGCCUGGCAAGGUUCGCAAUCCUUCCUUUCUUUGUGCUUCCAGUUCGCUUCCUCAUCCCGGACACGGCCGGCCGCAGAAGUUCGUCAAUCCCAAUUUCUCACAACCCCCGUGGCUGCGAAACCGUUGAGUUUCAGUCUGGCUCUGGAUGACCAUUCGCAUGACGACGAACAUACCAUACAGGCCCAUUAUGGUCGCGGUCUUACGUCGGUAGCAGAUGAUGAUAACGAAUCCACCUCCACCGCCCUACUAGAGGACAGCGAUGCCCGUUUGAUGGAGAUGCUUGCGGCGCAGGCGGCCCACAGAGAGGUAGACUCGCUAGGGGCCGACGAAGAUACCAUCGUUACCGAUGAGAAGCUAUCGGAAGCGGAGAGGCGGGAUAUUCUCCAGCGGGGGUUGAAUAUGGCCGCCAGCAACGGCGACGUGGAGCGCGUUCACAAACUGGUGCAAGGCAAAGCAAAGGACUACGUUGAUGUGAAUAUGCCGGAUGAGGAGGGAACGGUGCCGCUGAUCUACGCUAGCUGCUUUGGACAUCAGGACGUGGUGUCAGCCCUGCUGGAUGCAGGCGCCAAUGUCGACCAGCAGGAUCGUAAUCAAUGGAGUGCCUUGAUGUGGGCGAUGACGAACCGACACAAAACCAUCGCUAAGAUCCUCCUCGACCACGGAGCGUCUCCGGAUAUCAAGUCCUCAUCUGGCGGGACGGCGUUCGACUUCGCUCAGCCAGGCAGCGAAAUCUCGGAGUAUCUACAUGAAAAUGGCUACAGCUUUGGCCCGAGUGCCAUCGAGGACGAUUUCUACGAUUCCGGAUUCGCGCACGGUCGCUUCGAGGAGGAGAUCGCCGAGAAUGAGAUGAAACGACGCAUGAUGAUGGAGGAGAGUGCAAUCAACUUGGAAGUGGACUUGUCGAGCCUGGGGCUGGACGAGAAAUUUGACGCCCUUGAUGAAGAGGAUCUGGAAGAAGAACAGCAGGAGUUUGUCUGGGAUCGAUGCCUCAACGACCAGAUGUUUGUCUUCCAGGAGAACGAAUUGGAAAGGAUUUUGGACAUUAUCAUCACCAAUAUGACUCCGCAGCGCUCCCCGUCGCAAAAACCCGUCCCGGCAAAUCUCCUUUUCCUCAGUGCGCGGUACGCGUAUUACCAUGCCAGCCCCGAACUCCUGGCCAAUCUGUUGGUUUCGGCAACGGACAAGAUCAACGAUGUGGUCGAACGCCAUCAAUGGGACAUGACGAUCCUUGCGUUUUGGAUGUCCAACGCCACCCUGCUUCUACAUUAUUUGAAAAAGGACGGCGGCCUGGUGGAAGCUACGGUGGAGUUCCAGCUGCACCUGGCCGAACUGAUCAACGAGAUCUUCAUCCUGAUCAUUCGCGACGCCGAGCGCCGGAUGAACAAAGUGUUAGACGCGGCCAUUCUGGACCAUGAAACCAUCCCAGGAUUAGAGGAUGUCCAUUUUCAGAACGAAUGGAAACUUUUUCGUCCCAAAUCCAAGGCCAAAGCCCCAGAACUGGACGAGAAGCGAUUCCGGCCGCCCUCCCCUCGACGGCGAGCCCAGAUCUCGCCGCGGAAUAUUACCUCCUUACUGUCGUCGACGCUCUUCGUUCUUGACCUCUACGAUGUCCACUCCAUCAUUACCACGCAGAUUCUUUCGCAGCUCCUCUACUGGUUGGGGGCAGAGAUCUUCAACCGCAUUAUGACCACCAAACGAUACUUGGCCCGGACUAAGGCGAUGCAGAUCCGCAUGAACGUAUCAACCUUGGAGGACUGGGCCCGCAACAACAACCGACAACCCGAGCACUACGAAAACGGGUCCACCACCUGCACCGGCGAAAGCACCAUGGAGGCGGCACGUGGGCACCUGGCGCCAGUCAUCCAGCUCCUGCAGUGGCUGCAAUGCUUCUCGUCGCUGGGUGAUGACUUCGAGUCGCUCGUCACCACUUUACUUCAGCUGCAGCAGUUGACGCCGGCCCAGCUUCUGCACGCGGUCAAGUCAUAUCGACCCGAGGUGGGCGAGAAAGGACUGACCAAGCCAGCGAUGAAGUUUCUGAUCGAGUUACAACGCGACCCGGAUCUCCUAGGCCGGGAGCAGGCGAAACUGCAACGGGCACAGGAGACGACGGCAACGGCGACGGCAGGAGCAGGAUCAGAGGAGCGUCCCGAGACACCUCGACCGGAGCCAGCGACACCUCGAGCGUCCGAGGCGUCCCCAUCGGCGUCGACUGCCUCACCAGGAUCUAUCCACGCCUCGAUGCGGAUGGAUGAGCGCAAUGGGGCGCACGGGAUCUUCCUGGAUCCAUCGAUGACCCUUCCCUUCUCGCUACCAACCAGUACGGACAUGCUGAUCAGCUAUGGCGCGGGCUGGGGAGGCACGAAUCGAGAACGAGCGCGCAAGUAUAUUCCAACGGUACCGCCGGAGGUCCUGAGUCGAUUCGAUCGCGAUGGGUAA